AUGAUUUUCCAUCCUGACACUCUCCCCAAUCUCAAGGACAAAGUCUUCAUAGUCACAGGGGGGAACUCUGGCAUAGGCUACUACACCGUAGCCCACCUAGCGGAACACGGCGCUCAUGUUUACAUGUGCGCCCGAUCCCCAGAGAAGGGCACAGCAGCCAUCGCCAACAUCAAGAAAAUGUACCCCUCAGCCAACAUCGACCUCCUGCAAAUGGACCUCAAGGACCUCACCAGCGUCGUCGCGGCCGCCAAGCACUUCCUCACCCUGGAAACAGCCCUGCACGGCCUGGUCAACAACGCAGGCAUCAUGGCGACCCCCUUUGAAAUGACCAAAGAUGGCCACGAGGCCCAGUGGCAGACCAACUACCUGGCGCACUGGGUUUUGACGGAGCACCUGCUUCCUCUGAUGCUGCGAACCGGCAAGAUGCUCCCCCCCGGCAGCGUGCGUGUCGUCAACCUCACUUCAUCGGGCCACUUAGGCGCACCCAAGGGCGGCAUCAAUUUCAAGGACCUAUCGCUCAAGGACAGCGGCCCGUGGUCGCGGUACGGACAGAGCAAGCUCGCCAACAUUCUGCACACCAAAACCCUGCAUAAGACUUACGGUCCCGGCUCUCGCAGUGCGCAGAACGGGGAGGGCGAGAUCUGGGUUUCGUCGGUGCAUCCAGGUCUGGUUGAGACGAACCUCGCCACAUCGGUGGGGGAGUCCGGGUCGCGCAUGAUGAGUCUUCUGUCGGUCUUACGCAUGUUUGGAUUGAUAUGGCCUGCCGAUAAGGGGUCGUGGACCAGUCUGUUCUGUGCGGCGAGCCAAGAUAUGAAGGCGGAGCAGAGCGGCACGUAUUUCGAAAUUUUCAGGAGGUUUGGGGAGCCGAGGUGGCAGAGCGGUGCGGCCAAGGAUGGAAAGCUUGCAGAUAGGUUGGAGGAGUGGACUAGGGAGGUGAUGAGGAAGGAAGGGUGGGUUCGGUAA